AUGUUGCCCCAUGUCCCCAGUGUGUGGAGUUUGACGUGCUUUGCUGUGCGGUGGCUUUGGGGAAAAAUCAGGCUGUCAAAAGACUUGCCUGACUGGCCCGGCUUCUGGGCAGAACCACCCAGCCGCAUCCUCCCCGCGAUGUCUGAAGUAACACUGGAGGAGUCACAGGUGCGUCAGAAAUACUGGGUGGCUGUUCUACUGCUGGGCCCUCCGGUGAUGUGCAUCUUGUGCCAGGCGGUCCGCAUGAUCGCGUUCGCAGUGCGCCUGAUGGUUGCCAAAGCAAUCUCCGCAAUGUCGUCGCAGCCGUCGCCAGAGUACGUUCAGAUGUCCACUCAAGAUCCUGACGCAGACGAAAAAGACGACCAUGAACAGAGCAACAGGCACUCUCAGCGUGAAGCCAACACCGCUAAAGACGAUGGUGCGGACGGGUACAUGUCUUCAGAGUUCUGUGCAGCCAUCCGAUUGUGGGUGGCACUUGCCCUCUACCAUUCUGGUUGUGCGUCUUUGGUACUCGUAGCGUUGCGGAAUGACUGGUUGUCGCUUGGCAGCGGACUGGCAUGGGAGUUGUGGACUCUGUGGCAGCAGGUUUGCUUGUGGACGCUCUUUUGUCAAAAUCUCAUGCGUUGCUGCUCCGCAGAUGGCCCGGCACCAACCGUUAAGACGGCAAAGACCGUGCUGAUGUUCACUAUGCCCAUUGUCAGCGAGGUCUUUGACACCGUCAAGGACUGGGUCGUGGCAGGUCAGUGCCUGUUGGCGCCUGCCACUGUGGGAGGUUUCUUUUGGGGUGCCGCAUUUGCGGCAGCAGACUUCUGUCUCUCAAGGCUCCUGAACAAAUGGUUCAUGAGGCAUCGCUGCAUGUGGUUGCCCGUGUGGCCGCCACUCUUGCUCGUGCAGGUGGUGGUUCCUGCGGCGAGCGCUGCAGUGUUCGUUCCACUGCUCCUCUUUGUGUCCGCCCCGAUUGUGGCGAUAGGGGUGGUGUAUGGAUUGCUGGCUUGGAAGGGCGAGAAGCUUAGCCCUAUUUACUAUGUCUUCAUUUUGUCUGCAACCUUUUCUGGUGUUUUCCUUGCGGUUGAUGCCGUGGUACCAAUUCUUCGUCCCUUCUGGGCGAAUUCGUUCCACAGCAGCUACCACGUGCUGUGGGCCGGGCUAGACAUUUGGGCAGAUGGAAGUUGCCUAUGUGUCGCUUCGAUCUACGUCAUCAUCUUCGCUUACAUCGUCGCGUCAUGGUACAAGACGGAGGCCGCCGCCGACUUGCGCAACACUUACAUGGGCAUUCUGGCACUACCCAAGGCAGCCUUCAGAUCGGGAGCUGCAACCUACCUGGAGAUGUUUGAGGUCACCAUGUCGAACUUUGCCGUGGAGUUCUUGUCCCACGCAAGGCUCUUCAUUGCUUGGGCGGAGGAUUGGCCGCAGGGUUUCGUCGGCGUCUUUGUGGGCCUGAAGACCGGGUCGGACUUCGCCUGGGUCUCUGCCAUCAUCAGCCUCUGCAAAGGCCUUCUGAUUCCCGUCGGCCAGUCUCUGAUCUUCAACUCAAAGAGCCGGCAGGUGAGAAAGCACCUGGCCCUGCUCGUUUGCUCCGACGAGGGCCUGCUGAGAUGCGCGCAGGAGGUGCCGGGAACGUCGAGGCAGAAGUUUGAGGACCUUCAGAGGCAGCUGUUCCCGACCCUGCAUGGAAUCGCCGAAGAAGUGCUUCUUGCCUUGAAUGUCCUAAGAGGCAGGGACCUGUACAUAGAGAUUUGGCGGGAGCGCGACCGAUGGAUAAAGGAGACGCUUGUGGGUCAGAAAGCCACCAUACGCAAGGCAGCAAAGAAGAGUGGGCAAAGCCUCAACUUCAACCUCCUCGUCGCUGAUCCAGGGGACUCGGUGAGGGAUGCCAUCUGUGGUGCCUAUCUCCAACUUCGCUUGCCGGGCAAUCUCACCCAACUUAGUCGGGCGCUCUCGAGCUUGGACAGCGACGAGGCCGGGGAUGAGGUUCCUCGCAGGCUUCGUGAAGUUCGACAGGAUGGCUAUCCAGCCAGCGUCUGCAGACUAGCGGGCUUUUCGUGCACGGCUUGCCUGAAAGCGGGCUAUGAGGUGGCAGAGUGCCUCCAGGCGGGAUUCCCAGCCGACGGCUGGCAGGAGGCCGGCUACUCCCUGGAACGAUGCAGGGAAGCUGGCUUUACCGCAAGGGGAUACAUCCAGGUAGGCUUCAAGAGGGACGUCUUGAGGGACCUCGGCAUGUCCGUGAGCACCUGCAAGGAGGCAGGCUGCACGGCUUCCGAGUGCCGGGCAGCAGGCUUCACUGCUGCGGAGUGUGAGGAAGCUGGCUACGAUGUCAGGAAGCUGCGAAGGGCAGGCUACACGUUUGACGAGUUGCAGACCGUGUUUGUCGGAGUCAGAAUCCCGGAUUCUGACAGCGACGAUGACUAUCUGAGGCCGAGGUAUUGA